ACCGCGAGCCCCGCCAUGUUCUCCUUGGCGCUGCGAGCCCGGGCGGCGGGCCUCGCCGCUCAGUGGGGAAGACAUGCAAGGGAUCUGCAUAAGACAGCGGUGCAGAGCGGUGCCGGAGGGGCCUUGUUUGUGCAUAGAGAUACUCCUGAGAAUAACCCAGAUACUCCAUUUGAUUUCACACCAGAAAACUAUAAGAGGAUAGAGGCGAUAGUAAAGAACUAUCCAGAAGGACACAAAGCUGCAGCUGUGCUCCCAGUCCUGGAUCUAGCCCAAAGGCAGAAUGGAUGGCUGCCCAUAUCCGCGAUGAACAAGGUGGCAGAAGUUUUACAAGUGCCUCCAAUGAGAGUGUAUGAAGUGGCAACUUUUUAUACAAUGUAUAACCGGAAGCCAGUUGGGAAGUACCACAUUCAGGUCUGCACCACUACACCUUGUAUGCUUCGUGACUCUGACAGCAUACUGGAGGCCCUGCAGAGAAAGCUUGGAAUAAAGGUUGGAGAGACUACACCUGACAAACUUUUCACUCUUAUAGAAGUGGAAUGUUUGGGGGCCUGUGUAAAUGCACCAAUGGUUCAAAUCAAUGACAACUACUAUGAGGAUCUAACACCCAAGGAUAUUGAAGAGAUUAUUGAUGAACUUAAAGCUGGGAAAGUUCCAAAACCCGGGCCAAGGAGUGGGCGCUUCUGCUGUGAGCCAGCCGGAGGCCUCACGUCUUUGACUGAGCCACCCAAAGGACCUGGCUUUGGUGUACAAGCAGGCCUUUAAUUUAUACUCAACUGUAAAAUUGUUCCUGGAGAAAUAAAAUAUGAACCUAUCUA